AUGAGCGGAAUCACGAACGCCUGUCUGUCCUGCUUCUCGACAGUUGACCGAUGGUGCCAUAUCUCAGCUUGUCUCGGCCCGAUCGGAGGCCGCUCAAGGGAUGGUAUUUAUGAAACCACUUUGGCAGACAAUGAGCGCGAAGCGGUUUCCGAUCUUCUGGGUUACCUUGAAAACAGGACCGAGACCGACUUCUUCGCCGGUGAACCCCUUCGGGCCUUGAGCACCCUCGUCUAUUCCGACAAUGUCGAUCUCCAACGAAGUGCCAGUCUGACAUUCGCUGAAAUCACGGAAAGAGAUGUGCGCGAGGUCGAUCGAGACACGUUGGAGCCCAUCCUCUUCUUGUUGCAGAGUUCGGACAUUGAAGUUCAACGUGCUGCUAGUGCAGCACUAGGUAACCUGGCUGUAAAUGCGGACAAUAAGGUGCUGAUCGUCGCUCUGGGAGGACUGGCUCCUCUAAUACGGCAGAUGAUGUCACCAAAUGUGGAAGUGCAAUGCAAUGCGGUCGGUUGCAUUACAAACUUGGCUACCCAUGAGGAUAAUAAGGCUAAGAUCGCUCGAUCCGGUGCCUUGGGCCCGCUGAUCCGUCUAGCCAAGUCGAAGGACAUGCGUGUACAACGAAAUGCCACGGGGGCGUUGCUGAAUAUGACACACUCGGAUGAUAACCGACAACAACUUGUCAACGCCGGCGCUAUCCCCGUUCUUGUUCAAUUGCUCUCCUCUCCCGAUGUGGAUGUACAAUACUACUGCACUACCGCCCUCAGUAACAUCGCUGUCGACUCGUCGAAUCGCAAGCGCCUGGCUCAAACCGAGUCCAGGCUGGUUCAAUCACUGGUGCACCUGAUGGAUUCGUCAACACCCAAGGUCCAAUGCCAAGCGGCGUUGGCACUGCGCAACCUUGCCUCGGACGAGAAAUACCAGCUCGAAAUUGUUCGAGCCAAGGGUCUUCCGCCCCUCUUGCGACUGCUGCAGUCAUCCUACCUUCCUCUCAUCCUAUCCGCCGUCGCGUGUAUCCGCAACAUCUCCAUCCAUCCCCUGAACGAAUCGCCUAUCAUCGAUGCGGGCUUCCUCAAGCCCCUGGUGGACCUGCUGGGAUCGACCGACAAUGAAGAGAUUCAGUGUCACGCCAUCUCGACCCUCCGGAACCUUGCCGCAAGCUCGGAUCGAAACAAGGAGCUGGUCCUGCAGGCCGGCGCUGUUCAGAAGUGCAAGGACCUCGUCCUCCGUGUGCCCCUCAGCGUUCAGUCGGAAAUGACUGCUGCGAUCGCGGUUCUGGCUCUGAGCGACGAGUUAAAACCGCAUCUCCUUAAUCUGGGGGUGUUUGACGUCCUGAUUCCUUUGACGGAAUCGGAAAGCAUCGAAGUGCAAGGGAACAGCGCUGCGGCGCUGGGAAAUCUCUCCUCUAAAGUGGGUGACUACUCCAUCUUUGUGCGUGAUUGGGCAGACCCGAAUGGAGGUAUUCACGGCUACCUCAACCGCUUCCUCGCCAGUGGCGACCCGACAUUCCAGCAUAUCGCCAUCUGGACUCUGCUUCAACUUCUGGAAUCAGAGGAUCAAAGACUCAUCGGAUAUAUCGCCAAGUCUGACGAUAUCGUUCAGAUGGUCAAGUCCAUCUCCGACAAGAAUAUCGAAUCGGACGAGGAGGAUGCUGAAGACGGGGAAGGCGAGGUCAUUGCGCUGGCUCGGCGAUGCCUCGAAUUCCUUGGGAACGGUCACAAGCUUGUAGAAGCCUAA